GUUGUUGUCUCUUCCUUGCUCCGUCCAGUUGUGAGCUGCUGUCCGGAUACAAAGUGAUAUCAGAACGGGACUUAAUUUCUGUUACAGGAAACAAAAACAACACCAACAAAGUGUUUUUUGGACACGCUGACCGCCGAGCUUUCUCCCCUUCCGUCCUCCUCCCGGAGGUGAACGGGCUGUCGGUGGAGUGAGACUGACCGAGAGGCCAACAGCUGAGAGAAGUUUGACUGCAUGAAGAGGCCGAGUGACGGGACCCUGGUCCUCACCUAGACCCCUCCCACGACCCCCCCACUGCCUGGACAUGAGGUCGUUCCGAUCGUUUGCAAACGACGACCGCCAUGUCAUGGCCAAGCACGCCAGCAUCUAUCCGGCACCAGAGGAGCUGGAGGCCGUCCAGACGCUGGUGUCCACUGUGGAGGGAGCCCUCAAGAAAGUCUCUGAUUGGAUGGAUGGCCUCAGCAAAUCCUCAGGGAAGACCUCCACCAAUGAUGAGGCUGGGGACAAUAUGGUGGAGAAAGACGCUACUGAGACAAAGCUGGACGGCACACCGGUGCUGUGCGGGGUUACACGUGUCGGUCUUGUGGCCAAAGGCCUGCUGAUCAAAGGGGACAUGGACCUGGAACUGGUGCUGAUGUGCAGGGAGAAACCCACCAAACCGCUGCUGUACACCAUCAGCGCCAACCUCCCCCUGCAGAUCCAGACAAUGACGGAGGACAAAUACGAGGUGCAGUCGUGCGUGCCUGAGGCCGCCAUCCGGGUCUGCAGCACCAAAGACCCCCAACUCACGUUGAAGAUCACCCUCUCCUCCUUAGCCAUGAGGGAGGAACACAGCACCACAGAAGAAGAGGAGGGCGAACAGGACGACAACAAGGAGAGGCAGGAGAAGGAGGAAGAGGAGGAGGAGGAUGUCCUGGACAGGCAGAAGUGCCAGGCUGCACUGGCUUCGCUCCGACACGCCAAAUGGUUCCAGGCCAGAGUCACAGAUCUCAAAUCCUGUGUCAUCGUCUUGAGGAUUUUCAGAGACAUGUGCAACAGACUGCCUGGGUGGCAGCCUCUCAAAGGAUGGCCUCUGGAGCUGAUCUGUGAAAAGGCCAUAGCCACCUGUAACCGCCCACUAGGUCCAGGUGAGGCCCUGCGUCGCGUCAUGGAGUGCAUCGCCUCAGGGAUUCUACUGCCAGGAGGUCCAGGAGUUCGUGACCCCUGUGAGAGGGAACCCACAGACGUCCUGUCUGACCUCAGCGCCCAGCAGGCUGACGCCAUCACAGACAGCGCACAGCAUGCGUUACGCCUCCUAGCCUUUGGACAGCUUUACAAGGUCUUGAAUAUGGAUCCUCUCCCCGCCAGCAAGCCCUCACCAAGGCUGUUAGAAGGCGGCUGUCAGAAGAGGCUCCGGGAGGACGUCGGAUCAGAUGACAGAGACUUCAUCAAGAGGAUGAAAGUCCUGGACUGGAGAAUGACCGAUCCAAACCAUCCCAUGAACGCUCUGAUGCGUCUGAAUCAGAUCCACCCGGGCCUCCAGUACCGUCUGCUGUCCCAGUCCGGCCCAGUGCAUGCUCCAGUCUUCACCAUAUCUGUGGACAUCCAGGGAACCACCUACCAGGCCACCGGGAACUCCAAGAGAACCGCCAAGCUCCAAGUGGCCCUCAAGGCGCUGCAGGCUCUGGGCUUCGUGCUCAGCGGUGACGGAGACGUAGACUCGCUGAGCGCCGAUGAGAAGUCAGAUGGUGAAGGCAAGAACGACAGGAUGUCCACCAGCUCCAGCUCCACCUCCAUCACCUCCUCCACAGACACACAGGAGUCCAGAGCUCCAGGUCCGAUCCUGACAGCGGGAGGUAAAAACCCAGUGAUGGAGCUGAAUGAGAAACGUCGUGGCCUCAAAUACGAGCUGAUAUCAGAGAGUGGCAGCAGCUACGAUAAACGCUUCAUCAUAGAGGUGGAGGUUGACAAGCAGGUUUUUCGGGGGACGGGUCCCAAUAAGAAAGUAGCCAAAGCCAGCGCAGCACUAGCCGCCCUGAACAGCCUGUUCACUGGCUCCAAAUCUACGACCAACAAGAAGAAACGGCCCAACCCUCCUCCAAAGCGACCCGUAGCCUCUGUGCUCACCCUCCCGGCCCUCGCUGCCAGACCUCCACGAGUCCCCGUCAUCCCCAGAGCUCCAUACAUCAGCACCCCACCCACACAUGGCUACAUCCCCCCAGGUUUUGGUGCUCCUUACGGUUACAGCCCUGCAGGCGCCCUCCCUCCCUACGGUUUUCCAUCUAGAAUGCCCUCAGUAGUUGUCCCAGUCAUCAGAGUCCCCACAACAUAUCCCAUCACCCACCUCUACCCUUAUUAGGACCCUCCAUCACCUCACCUCACCUACUUCCUAAGAAAUCCCUUGUUAAAAUUAUAUCCUGACUUUUACUGUGUGUUCCUCUUGUGGAAUCAUUGUUAUAUAACAUUUUCCUUCUGUGCUUCAUUAGAAACCAGCUAGAUUAAAUUGGCCAUUAGAAAUGUGUGUGGCAGUUUCAUUAGUAUGUGUGUGAUCAGAGUUUGACAAUCUUUGAUCAACAAACCAUCAAGCAAUGAAAAACUGAGUUCAGCAUUUAGUGAGCUGGGAAAGACUAGUCAGGUAAAUAUAACCGGGAGCUAAACGUCAACCUUAGGGUACUAAAUGAAUAUCUACUCCCACCAUAGAAGACAAAACCAUACUCCAAAGUAAGUCAACUAAAUAAACAGUUUAUGUCAUUAUAUGGAUGUAAAAUAAUAAUUAGCGACUCAAGGAAACUGAAAAAAAACAUUCAGACUACUAAAUAUCUCCUGUAAGGAAACAAACAUCCUCUGUAUAUUUAGUUGGUUAACUUCCCCUACAGUCACUGUUGGGAGCUUAAGGGCACCAACUACUACAUAUCCAAUGUAGGAACCUAAAUAAAUAACCACAGAAAGGAAACAAACACCAUCUGUUAGGAACUAAAGGCACAGCUCUCUUACUGAGGCUGUUUUUUGUUUUGUUACGUAAAGAUCCCUAAACCCCAACUACUAGGCUGUAGUAGGUUCACUGUUAGAAACUAAAUAAAUAUCCACCGGAUAUCCUCUGUUGGUAUCCACCGUGUUACCCACAGUGGAUAUUUAUUGUUUUCUACAGUGGAUAUGUAUGUAGAAAACAAAAUAAAUCACAACUGCACACCAACUACUAAAUAUCCAUUGUGAGGAACUAAACAUACACUGCAGCUAACUAAAACUGUCACUGUAAGGAAAACCACCUACCAUACAUUGAUGAAGACGUAUACAAGGUAGGGAACUAACUCAACAUCCACCAUAGGAAACCAAGUCACUGUGGGGAGCUUCAUAAACCAGCUCAAAGGAACUAAAGUAACGGACACUGUAGAAAACUGAGUAACCAAAUACGCAGAUAGAAAAGUGAUAGCAUGUAGACAAAAUGUAAUUGUUUAGAGAGCUUCUUUGUCAAAAGGUUCAUCGCUCCUUUAAGAAUCACUCAUGGAUGUGAACGCUGUUUUGUUUUAAUUUCUCUGUUUUUUAUUGAUGUUUUAAGUUUCUGUGGAGGGAUAAAAAAAAAAAAAACAGGUUUACAUUAAUCAGUUGCACUGAGAAACCUUUUUCCUUUUGUUUGGAUAUUGAAUGUCCGAGUUUACAGUUACUUGUUGAGCUGUUGAGCCAUUUUGUGUUGAGUUAAAAUACUUUCUUUUCAGAGAGAGAUUUUAUUUUGACCUGUUUGUAAGUAAAUACUCUGUUUAAAUAAAUUAAUAUUUUUGUCAACA